AUAUGAAAUGAAAUUUAAAUUCUUAUCUAGCUAUCUUCAUAGAUAUUAGACACAAUGUUUACCAUCUGCAAAGAUUACUAUUGCUCUAUCUGUCUGGAAAAUUAACACGCAUUUCUUGAUAAAGUGUAAUAUACUUUGUAUGGUGAAAAUACUUUCAGAAAUGGAUAACGAUACUCCCGUUAUAUAUGGACUUGAAUUUCAAACUAGAGCACUGUCAGCUCAAACAGCCGAGACAGAUAUUGUAAGAUUCUUGGUAGGAACGCAGUCUUUAAAAUUCAGUAACAACCAAGUUCACUUAGUGGAGCUUAACGAGGAAACAGGCAAUUUAAAGACUCAAGUGUUCCAGCAUUCAAUAGGAGAAAUUUGGUCUUUACAGGCUUCUCCAACUGAAUCUGAUGUAUUUAUUACAUGUUACAAUAGUUUAAGUGAGGAAGGUAUCUGCCGGAUGAAAGGAGCACUUUGGAAAUUCCCUGAGAUAAAAGAGUACACUAACGAUAUUCUUCAGCUCAAUAAAUUAGCUGAUAUUGAUACGACUCCAUAUGGUACUGAUCUCAAAACUAUUGCCUAUCACCCUAUGGAUAGCAAGAAAAUAGUGUCAGUAGUAGAUAAUAAUUUUGUUUUGUGGGAUCUAACUGAAGGACCACGGGUGACAGUAGCGGGCACUUUAGCAGGCAAGGGUCAGCCACGAUUUACGAAUGGUAAAUGGAAUCCUCAUAAUGGUGCUAAUCAGUUUGUAACCCUGAAUGAUAACAAUGUUCGUGGAUGGGAUUUUAGGAGUCCAGCCAAUGCCGCUUGGUCUAUUUUAUCUGCACAUUCGCAAAUUAUUAGGGAUUUGGAUUUCAAUGCAAAUCGUCAGUAUUUUCUAUCUACUUGCGGUGAUGAUGGAUACAUGAAGUUCUGGGAUAUCCGACUACCCACGGAACCAGUGUUGUCACGUAUGGAACAUUCACACUGGGUGUGGAACAUAAGGAUUAACCGUUUUCAUGAUCAACUCGUUUUAACGUCUAGCAGUGACUCCAGAGUGAUAUUAUGCAGUAUUGCAUCCAUAUCGUCUGAACCGUUCGGUCAUUUGAUAUCAGACGAAUCUUCGCAAAACGAAGAAUCUUAUGGAAAAAAAAAAUUAGAAGACGGUUUGGUAGGAAGAUACGAGGAGCAUGAAGACAGUGUAUAUGCAGUAGAAUGGUCGUCUGCUGAUCCUUGGACUUUCGCGUCUCUCAGUUACGAUGGUCGAUUGGUUCUGAAUAAAGUACCGCGUAAAUAUAAAUAUCAAAUACUUCUAUAAAUAUGUAAUAUAUUUAGCGAAAAAUAAUAUUAUA